CGCUUUUAUGCAAUACAGAAGAAUCCAAUAUGGCUGCGGUGUGGUCGAAAAAAUGACCAACUUCUUUAUUUCUUUUUCUCUAGAUGCUCACACGCUUCGUACGGUAAAAUAUGAUCGAUGUAUCAAUACCGCAGUUUAAACAGAUAGAGGCGGCUGACGAGAAAGCGUACACGGUGUUUGUGAUCGAGGUGUGUGCUGCAGGUCGGCGACACACUCUGGAGAAACGCUACAGUGAGCUGCAUGCUCUGCACAGGGAGCUGAAGAAGUCUCACCUGACGCCGGAGUUCCCCCCGAAGCGCGUGCGGAACUGGAACCCCAAGGUGCUGGAGCAGCGCAGGCGGGGGCUGGAGGCGUACCUGCAGGGUUUGAUACACCAGGACAUCCUUCCCAAGAUCCUCCUGGAUUUCCUGGAGAUCAACAUGGCGACACAGCUGGGCUACGAGGAAAUAGACGGCAUAUCAGGAGAAAGGAACAAAGCCUCCCACCAGCCAGUCCUGUGCUUCUCUGCAGACAGCUUCCUCCAUCCCUCACAGAAAGGAGGAUUGCCAGACAUUGUGGUGGUGGGAGUGAGUCAAGCUCUGGAUCUCAACCUGCAGUGACUGCUUCAGGACUGUACUACCUACUGUAACUCUGGGCUUCAAGCGCCACCAACUACUCAUCACCAGUCUUACUGUGUCAAAACUGUACAACCUACUGUAACACUGUAAGGCUGGGCUUCAAGCACCCCCAACCACUUACCAGUCUUACUGUGUCAAAACUGUACAACCUACUGUAACACUGUAAGGCUGGGCUUCAAGCACCACCAACCACUUAC